UAUCUGUCCUCCAGGACCCUGCAUUCACUAUAUCUGGUCUCCCCGGACCCUGCAUUCACUAUAUCUGGUCUCCCCGGACCCUGCAUUCACUAUAUCUGGUCUCCCCGGACCCUGCAUUCACUAUAUCCGGUCUCCCCGGACCCUGCAUUCACUAUAUCCGGUCUCCCCGGACCCUGCAUUCACUAUAUCCGGUCUCCCCGGACCCUGCAUUCACUAUAUCCGGUCUCCCCGGACCCUGCAUUCACUAUAUCCGGUCUCCCCGGACCCUGCAUUCACUAUAUCUGUCUCCCCGGACCCUGCAUUCACUAUAUCUGGUCUCCCCGGACCCUGCAUUCACUAUAUCUGGUCUCCCCGGACCCUGCAUUCACUAUAUCCGGUCUCCCCGGAUUCCUGUAUUCACUAUUCACUAUAUCGGUCUCCCCGGACCCUGCAUUCACUAUAUCCGGUCUUCACUAUAUCCCCGGACCCUGCAUUCACUAUAUCUGGUCUCCC